AUGACCAGGAAGACGGCUCACAUCCAGACAGCUGUCUUUUGCUAUCUUGUGGAGUAUUUCAAGGCCCAAACUGGCGAAGAAAUCCAAAGCAUAAUCCAAGAACCCAUGUUCACCGAGACCGACAAAGCCUUCUGCGCCACGCUGAGUCUCGAAGCCGUGGACAGCCCCAGGGCAUUCUCAGUCAUAGACGAAGAGACCAUGGUGUUUGCCAUUCAUAUGGAGCUUAGCACAUACAGUCAAGCAUUAUCAGCUCACGUUCCAGCGCUGUUGGUGGGGUCCGAUCCAGAGAACUGGGAGACUGCGGCGAGAGUUGAACCGGAGAUACAGGCUGACUUGGAAGGGUAUGGUAGGAUUGGGCAGACGCAUGGGAAGGUGGUGUUUCCGGAUUUGGAGAUGAUGUUUUUUAGUACGGUUUUGUAUUGGAGAAGGGGAGAGUCUUGA